UACAGGCAACUUCAUUGCUGAUCCUUCGUUUCAUCUCUUUGCUUCAAAAUCCGAUAGCAUUCGAGGGGUGGGGGAAAAGCCAUGCUUGGUUGUAGCAUCAGAGCUCUCUGGAUCCUCAAUAGCCAAGAUACCGUCGUCUUCUCUAGGAGGUUCUCGGUAGUUGAGAGGCAGUGGCGAUUAGCUUGUAAGAGAGACAAUGAGACAUCUGGGCCGGAGAGUCUAGAGUACAGCAUGUUACCGUUACUUCCAACUGAUUCAGAGUUUGUUGCUGCUUUUGUGGAGAGAAAGACGAGAGAAGGUUCUGCCCGUGGUUUUGGUGUACGUGUCAGUCAGUCAGCUGAAGGAUCAGAUUCCUGGGUUGAUGAUCCUAUUACACGUCAUAUUAUCAGCCUUCAAAUCAAUAAAGAUGAGGAAGGGGAGACUUUUUUGUUAUGGCCAUUGGUUUUGCAUGUAAAGGGCCACUACUACAUUCUUGUGUUACCUUUGGUUGAACCCUCCCAUUUAAAAGCAUAUGAAAGGAUGUGUAAAAAAUCCGAUUGUGGAACUUCUGUUGGCGAAGAGGAAAGUCUAUCAUCCCUCCUGCUUGAUCUUCCUUGCAUCACAGGUGCAUUUAUGGUGGCACAUGCUAUUGGCGAUGUAAUCACGGGUGAUUUUGUGGAACCUGAGGUGAUUGUGAGUGCAGCUCCUUCAGUGGGAGGAUUGCUGGAUUCUUUAACUGGCAAUUUAGGGAUAUCAGGAAUUUCUGCUAGAUCAAAACCCGUGGCUGCACCUGUUGCAAAUUCCACUUCUUCAGGCACUACUGUGACUGGAUCUGUCGCAUCAGAUGCUCCAAAAAGUGGUUCAAGGCCCGUUGACAAAGAUGCGCUUCUCUCUUUUAUAAGUAGCGCAAUGCCCUUUGGGACACCUUUGGACCUCAACUUCUCCAACAUUUCUGCUGUUAAGGCGAAUGGCUUUUCUUCAUCAGAUUUGCCUCCUUCAGACCUUAAGCAACCAGCAUGGAAGCCAUAUCUAUACAAAGGAAAGCAACGAAUAUUGUUCACAAUUCAUGAAACAGUCUAUGCAGCAAUGUAUGAUCGGGAUGAAAUUCCAGAUAUUAUAUCAAUUUCAGGUCAAGUAAACUGCAGAGCAGAGUUAGAAGGAUUGCCUGAUGUGUCGUUCCCUUUGGCAGGCUUGAAUACUGCUCAGUUAGAAGUUUUGUCAUUCCAUCCUUGUGCUCAAGUCCCUGAACAAGGUGUUGAUAAGCAGUCAGUGAUGUUUUCACCACCACUUGGAAAUUUUAGUUUAAUGCGUUAUCAGGCCUUAUGCGGAAUUGGACCUCCAAUAAAAGGAUUCUAUCAGCUUUCAAUGGUUUCUGAAGAUGAAGGUGCAUUCUUAUUCAAGUUGUCCUUGAUGGAAGGUUACAAGGCCCCGCUAACUAUGGAGUUUUGUUCUGUGACUAUGCCUUUUCCUAGGAGAAAAAUUGUAUCAUUUGAUGGCAAUCCUUCUAUUGGGACAGUUUCAUCAGCAGAGCAUUCGGUUGAAUGGAAAAUCAUAACUGCUGGACGGGGUGUUACUGGGAAAAGUAUUGAAGCAACUUUUCCAGGAACGAUAAAGUUUGCACCAAGGCAAGCUCAAAGGCUCCCUUCCUUGUCUGGGUCAGUUCAAGGGAGUAUAGAGGAAGAAGAUAGUGACAUUGAAUCAGAAAGUUCUAGUAAUAUGGUAAAUGUGGAGGAAUUCUUAUUGGAGAAAAUGAACAAGGAUCUCCCGGCUGUUGAUUUAGAAGAACCAUUUUGCUGGCAGGCAUACAAUUAUGCAAAAGUGUCUUUUAAGAUUGUGGGAGCAACACUUUCAGGAAUGUCGAUUGAUCCAAAAUCGGUGAGCAUUUAUCCAUCUGUUAAAGCACCGGUGGAAUUCUCAACUCAGGUUUUUUCUGGAGAUUAUAUUUUGUGGAAUACUUUGGGAAAAUGCCCAGUUGCUGCGUUGCCAAAAGCAUAGGUAGGAUGGAGAGUAGAAAGCAAGACAGAUUCAUGUGCUAAUUGGAGGAGUUGGUUUUGCGUUGAUUGAUUAAAUGUCCUCAUCCCCUUUAUGUUCUGAGCGUGUGUGAGCCUAACAGGAGGGCAUCUCAAUGGCUUGAUCCGUGUGUUGCAGCAGCUGCAAGAACCAUGCGUACGAGGAGAUCUCAUGUGGUACUAUUCCUGUCAUAAAAGUCCAGACUCAACUGAAUCGUGAAAUAAAAGAAUUAGAGAAGGCUCCCGCAGUUUGUGUGUGCUCAACUUCAUUGUAUCAACGGGAAAUUUAAAAAGCCUUGUGGUAC